CCCAAAUACUUGAAGCUAUUGCUGUUGGCACCAAAAUCUGAAUUUCAGGACUCCUCGGCUUACAGCAACAUGAACACUGUUAAGACUUGCUCCUACAUAAUCCAAGAAACCAAUGUUCCCAUGAAGUUUCGUGUUAAUUGCUGUGCUGGUUUCUCUUAUUUCUAGUUAUAUUAAUUUUCCUUUUUGGGAAUUGAUUUAUGUUAAAUUCCCUGGAAUUACUAUGAUUCUUCCAAGACCACCUUUAAGAAAUUCCUUCAAGUCUCUGUCCAACUUUUGCAAACCAUUUCAAGCGUUUCAUUUCUAUCACUCCUCUGCGAUUGCACUUGAUUCCGGGACCUGCGAUGACCCUGUUGAUUUCUCACGUUUUCAGGGGACGCACAACCCGUUUGACAAAUGUCUGCAGAGGGAUAUUUCUUAUUACAACCACUUGCUUUUUGAGUACUCACGUGAUGGUCUGAACAAAGAAGCAGUAAAAAUUUAUGCACUAAUUAAUAGUGUGGGUGUUUUAGUGGAUGGGUGCACCCUUUCUUGUAUAUUAAAGGUUUCCGCAAGCUUGAAACAUGAUGUUUUCGGUAAACAAAUACAUUGCCAGUGCGUUAAAAAUGGUUUCUUCGAGGAUGUUAGUGUCGGAACGUCACUUGUGGAUAUGUAUGUUAAGAAUGAAAAUUUGGAUGAUGGAAAGAGAGUGUUUGAGGAGAUCAGAGAGAAGAAUGUAGUGACUUGGACUUCGUUACUGACUGGUUAUGCACACAAGGGGAUGAUUCAAAAUGUCGUAGAAACUUUUUGCUUGAUGAAGUUUGAGGGAGUUCAACCAAACCCUUUCACAUUUGCAACUGUUAUUGGAGCUUUUGCAGAUGAAGGUGAAAUGCGGGGUGGAGCUCAAGUGCACGGUGUGGUUAUCAAGAGUGGUUUCGAUUCAACCAGAGUUGUGGGAAACUCUUUGGUUAGUCUGUAUUCAAAAUCUGGUAUGAUCAGGGAAGCUAGAGAUGUGUUUGAUGGUAUAGAGUUUAGGGAUGGAGUUUCUUGGAAUGGGAUAAUAGCAGGUCUUAUUAUAAACGGGCUGGAGUUGGAUGCUCUUCAGAUGUUUUAUAGGAUGAGGCUUGCAGGUGUCAAAUAUACAGAAACAACUUUUUCCACUGUUGUUAAGUUAUGUACUAGCCUUAAAGAACUGGGUUUUGCCAGACAGAUCCACUCUCAGGUUGUGAAGAGUGGGUUUGUAUGUUUUGAUAACAUCAGAACAGCUCUUAUAGCGUGCUACAUGAAAGGCUCUGAGAUGGAUGAUGCAAUCAAGAUGUUCUCGGUUGUGGAUAUAGCUCAGACUGUUGUGUCAUGGACAGCAGUCAUUAGUGGAUGUUUGCAGAAUGGUAGAGCAUUAGAAGCGAUAGAUAUGUUUCUCCAAAUGCGAAGAGAAAACGUUAGACCUAAUCACUACACUUAUUCGACAAUACUUGCAGCCCUUCCAACUAUUUCUUUGUUUCAAGUGCAUGCAGAAAUUAUCAAAACCAAUUAUGAAAACUCAUCUUCAGUAGGGACAGCAUUGCUUGACGCAUAUAUCAAGAUAGGAAAAGGCACUGAUGCUGCAAAAGUUUUCAAACAAAUAGAAGAGAAGGAUGUUGUUGUUUGGUCUGCCAUGUUAGUUGGAUACGCCCAAGACAAGGAUACAGAAGGAGCCGUAAAAUUUUUUGGUCAGUUAGCCAAGGAAGGUGUCAAGCCAAAUGAGUUUACUUUCUCUAGUAUACUCAAUGCAUGUGCCACACCCUCUGCAGCUGUAGAGCAAGGGAAACAGUUUCAUGCAAGUUCAAUCAAAUUUGGUUAUAGUAAUGCUCUUAUGGUAAGCAGUGCCCUUGUAACCUUGUAUGCAAAAAAAGGCGAUAUUCAGAGUGCAAAUGAAGUCUUCAAGAGGCAGCAGGAAAGAGACUUGGUCUCUUGGAACUCAAUGAUCUCAGGUUACGCACAACAUGGUUAUGGGGAAAAGGCACUACAGGUAUUUAAGGAAAUGCAGGAGAGAAACUUGGAAAUGGAUGAAAUCACAUUUAUAGGUGUCAUUUCUGCCUGUAAUCAUGCAGGACUGGUGAGUGAAGGUGAAGUAUAUUUUGACAUGAUGGUGAACAAUCUUCAUAUUUCUCCCACAAUGGAGAUCUAUUCAUGCAUGGUUGAUCUGUACAGCAGAGCUGGGAUGCUAGAUAAAGCUAUGGCUCUUAUUGAUGGGAUGCCCUUUCCUGCUGGGGCAACUGUUUGGCGUACUCUCUUGGCUGCAUGCCGGGUUCAUCGAAAUUUAGAGCUUGGAAAACUUGCAGCUGAAAAACUCAUUUCAUGUCAACCACAGGACUCAUCCGCGUAUGUCUUGUUAGCUAAUCUAUAUGCUGCAUCUGGACACUGGCGAGAUAGGGCGAAAGUGAGAAAACUGAUGGAUGAGAGAAAGGUUAAGAAAGAAACAGGAUAUAGCUGGAUUGAGGUGAAGAAUAAGACAUACUCUUUUAUGGCUGGUGAUGUUUCACAUCCUUUAUCUGAUCGCAUUUAUAUGAAACUAGGAGAAAUAAGUAUUCGUUUGAGGGAUGCAGGAUAUCAGCCGGAUACAAAUUAUGUACUCCAUGAUAUUGAAGAGGAACAAAAAGAAGCCAUCCUUUCUCGGCAUAGUGAGAGGCUGGCUAUUGCCUUUGGAUUAAUAGCAAUACCUCAUGGUAUUCCGAUACGAAUCAUAAAGAAUCUUCGAGUUUGUGGUGAUUGCCACACUGUGAUUAAGCUAAUAACAAAAAUAGAAGGGAGAGAAAUUGUUGUCAGGGAUUCAAAUCGAUUCCAUCACUUUAGUGAAGGCUUAUGCUCUUGUGGGGAUUACUGGUGACAUUAAGUGAAUUGCAAAGCUUCUGAAUUUGAGGUUGUUACAAGAACUUCAUAAACAAGAGCAUCUUGUUACUAUGGAUCAGGAGUAAUAAUGAUGGAAAAACUUGUUUAUUUCUGAUCCCUAGGGCAUUCAUGAGAAUUCCCAUUGAUUGUACAAGUUCAUAUGGGAGCUUAUCCUAUCUGGUGCAUUAUAUUACCAUACAAAAGGAAGAAUUGCAAUAUACAUCCCAUAACUUAUCCCAUUUGUGAUUUUGGUCCCAUUGUUUUACGACUCAACAUAUUUAGUCCAAUAAGUCCAAAAAAAUUGCAAUUUACGUCCCGUUACCCAUUCCCAUUAAAUUGUUAACAGAAGGAGCGCGUGCAACGCAUGUGCAUUGCUCCUUUCGUUAACAAUUUAACGGAAUUGGGUAAUGUGACGUAAAUCGCAAUUCUUUUGGACUUGCGAGACUAAAUAUGUUGAGUCGUAAAACAAUAGGACAAAAAUCAAAAAAGGGGCAAGUGAUGGGACGUAAAUUGCAAGUUUCCCCCAUACAAACCACAACACUUUUGGAAAUACCAUUGUCAUGUGGUUUCCACUCAUAUAAAAGCAUUCUGGUGGUUGAUCUAAUGACAGUAUAGACAUUCAUAUUUCUGUUACAAGAAGGUAUUCCUAGCCAAAGAAGAUAUGGGUUGAUGAACGCUUUGGGUGUCUUCCAAACGGAAAGCCAGAAAGGUUGCCAAGUCACUUGCCUCUUCGAGGACAAGAUUCCGUGAAGCUGAUGGCAGGAAGUUUUGUGGCCCAUCCCUAAGAGGCCUUUUAAAUAGAAUGGAAGUUUGUGGCUGUGCAAGAACUUUCAGGCAGCCUGUCAAAUAUUGAAUAUACAUAUGUAUAUGUAUAUAUAUGAGCAACCUUCAAAAACUGGAGUGCAAGAGCUUUGAAAAAUAAGCUCUUCACUGCAGCUUACUUCUUGAUUUAAACUUGAUACUUAAUGCAUUCAUCCCUAAGGAGCAAACUGAGUGUGGGAUGUGUGAGAAGAAUAACAUGACUGGUCUGAGAGGAAUUGUUCAGGUAUUACAGACAUAUAUUUGGCAUUCUUCAUGCAGAAUAACUAUGGGAAGAACAGAUUUCCUAUUUUCUUGUUGCUGCUGGUGAUGUGUAAAUGACUGGUAUGCUUCUUAUACAGCAGAACUGCUCAUUUUUCUACAUGGUCAGAUACUACACAUGAUUCCUAUCUGAAUAUGGGGAAUUAGGUUAGGGACACUGGUCUCAGUACGCCCCUCCAUUUUGCUUGAGAUUACGAGUUCAAGCCAAAGCAACCUUGCAUUUCUUUCACUAAUUGGCUCUGAUGGCAAACAGUCUGCACUAAGGAGCUUCGUGAAGACCUGGCGGCUUUAAAUCCCACACUUUUUGAUCCUUGACAGGUUCAUUGGUUAUCCAUAGUUGUGUAGUUUUCGCAAAAAAAUGAUUAGACCACUGCCGAAGAAGUAUAACUACAUGAUCCAACCAAGCUGUAGUUCUUCAAUUGUAUAUCCACCCGCAGUUGUGCAUGUUAACAGAAUUAUUAACACUAAUUAAUUCCAUAAACAGUGAAUGUCAUGUUGCUGUUAUGCAUAACAAUUUCUUCGUUUGAUUCAUUUAGUUCCAUUUUUCUAACGAAGUCCGCCAUUAUUAAUUGAUCCGUCCCACUUAUAGACAUUAU